AUGGCCAUGUGGACUGUGCGGAUGGUUCUGAUGAGACGGUGGCAAGGUGUGCUGAGGCGGAGUGCGUGCCGCCGCUGUUUAGAUGCGCAUAUGGAGGCUGUGCGCAUCCAAGAGCCGCUUGCGAUGGUCCAGGACUGCGCAGACGGUUCUGAUGAGAUGCAGGACCUUUGUGAUCGGAUAUUACCAGCCACUACUCCUAGGCCAAUUUGCAUUCUUCCCGCCUAUCCAGAAAAUGGUAGAUACAUCUUAGGGGGCAACGCCACUGGCGUGCCAGGUCAAAUGUUACCGACUGUCGUGUUGAAGUACUCCUGUGACCCCCAAUAUAUCAUUGUGGGGUCUAGCACACUGUUCUGCUAUAGGGGUCAAUGGUCACAGGACUUUCCUGAGUGUUUACGUUACUGCAACCUCCCAAAACAUCACAGCAUCGAGUACAAAUGCUCUUCAUCCGAUGACGAGACCCUGGUCCCUACUGAAGAUUGCCAGGAACAAAUACCAGAUGGCACCACCGUUUAUCCUCGCUGCCGUCAACCAGUCUACUAUAGUCCAGUGGAUUUACUACCCAUGCGUUGUGAGAUUGGGACCUGGGACCAUACAGUUACUUGUGUACCAGACGGUGAAGGAAAACAAUUUAACCCUACAAAGACCUGCGACUUCACAGCUAAAAAACUGCCGUUGGUCGUAUCUCCUCAAUUUCAGAGCAGCCCCCUCAGUAUUGGGAUACUUGGCGUCGACAUAUCGAGCGAAGUCCAGUUCCGCGGUCAUUUAGAGGGUAAGGCCAAGGCAUUGCCUGCUACUCUACAAGGCGCAAGUUCGGCCCCAUGUGGAAUACGGUUCUCAUCUUUGGGCGGGGGCACCCUACACCAGCUUCUCCUUCUGGACCGCAUUCGACGACGACCUGUCAGAAUUGUUGACUGCCCUGUUGUCUCGGACCGGCUGGACUCUUUGGCACUGCGUAGGGAUGCCGAGGUCGCGGUGCCUCAUUGCGCUUACCCCGCAACCCCAGCUGAACAUCAGCCCUAUAGGGUCCCAGGUAUGAGAGAACGGGGUGCCGCUCAUUGUUUCUGGUCACGUGGUGAACUCCUGUCUCCUGCCAACUACGUGGUGGCUGCAGGCAAGCUUUAUAGAACCUGGGACCAUCCCAACGAUACUAAUGUGCAAAUAUCUGAUAUUCGAGAGAUACGAGUGCCGGAUCGGUUUCAGGGCGCUGCCACCAACUUCCAAGACGAUAUAGCUUUGCUUACCCUCGUUACAAACUUGGUGUACACUCGACAAGUGAGGCCUGUGUGUAUAGACUUCGAUUACGAGUUCGAUUCCCGGCAACUGAAAGUUUUUAGUGUUGGAAAGGUAGCAGGUUGGGGUGUGACAGAGCAAGGACUAUUCUCCGAAGUACUUCGCGUUGCAGAUAUGCCGUACGUUUCCGUGGCAGACUGUUUGACGGACAUAGCAGAAAAAUACAAAGCUUACAUAACUGGCGACAAAUUCUGCGCUGGAUAUAAGAAUGGUAUAUAA